CUGAAAUAGGAUUUUUCUAAAGCAAAUGGUAAUGAAAAUGAAGCUUGGGCUGGGUUUGAGGCUGUAGCUCUUGAGCUGCCAUUUUAUGGAAGGCAACACUUUAGGGUGUAGACUGUGUGGUAGGAAUGAUGGCCUGCUGGGCAAAGCUGGGGGUAGGAAUCAUUAGACUGAUGCUCUUGUCCCUGUCAUUUAUCUUCUGUGAGUCCUCAAGCAGCUGAACUCAAACCUCUGUUUCCCCUCUGUAAAACCACCUGAAAAUGUCUCAGAAUCCUGACAAGCUAAAUUCAAGUGAAGAAAAGUUGAGUGGUUUGGAGGAUGAUCAGGACGAGAACUUGGACAACUCGGAUCAGUCUGUCCGAAAAAGAAUACGACAGAGUGUUCCAGGGUCACACAGAGAUGAUACACCAAAGUCCAGUCCCUCUCGGCUUGUGUCAAUAGAAGAGCUCAUGGAGACAGCAAAGGCAGUCACCAACAUGGCACUGGCACACGAAAUUGUGGUGAAUGGAGACUUCCAGAUAAAACCAGCUGAAUUGCCAGAAGACAGUUUAGAGAAGAAAGUCAGAGAUAUUGUGCAUAAAGCUUUCUGGGAUUGUCUGGAAGCUCAGCUGGAGGAAGACCCCCCGACAUAUGAUCAUGCAAUUAAGCUAUUGGGAGAAAUUAAGGAGAGUCUUCUGUCUUUCUUGUUGCCUGGUCAUACUAGACUGAGAAACCAGAUUACAGAAGUUCUUGACCUGGAUUUGAUAAAGCAGGAGGCAGAGAAUGGGGCCCUUGACAUUUCUAAGUUGGUCAAAUUUGUUAUUGGGAUGAUGGGGACUCUCUGUGCUCCAGCUCGAGAUGAAGACAUUAAGAAACUGAAAGAUAUUCAUGAAAUUGUUCCUCUUUUCAGAGCAAUUUUCUCUGUAUUAGACCUAAUGAAAAUGGAUAUGGCAAACUUCGCUGUCAGUAGUAUUAGGCCAAAAUUAAUGCAGCAGUCUGCUGAAUAUGAAAGAAAGAAGUUUCAGGAGUUUCUUGAGAAACAGCCAAAUUCUUUAGACUUUGUCACAAAGUGGUUGCAAGAAGCAGCAGAUGAUCUUGCAAAGCUGGGACAUGAAACGUUGCCUCCCCACUGUAGCGAUGGUGCCACUGGUGGACCUUCUGCCUUGUGCUUCACUGCUGUACAAAAUCAGGCCUAUCUGAAGCUCCUGAAGUGGGAUCACGUGAACAGGCCUUUUCCAGAAACGGUGCUCAUGGACCAGACACGCUUCCUGGAGAUCCAGCUGGAGCUGGAGCAGCUGCUGCUGGUGGGGACAGUGCUGCUGGUCACCUUCAGUGCAGCAGGCCCAGCACUCGUCGAUGUGCCUGGAUUCACUGAGAAAAUCAAAACCAUCGUCAAGGUGCUGCUGACGGGAAUGCAUCUUCCCUCCUUUAACCUGAAGGAAUCCCUGGCCACUGUGGGUGAGAAGGUGUGUGCUGAAGUGAGCAGCUGCCUUUGCCAGCAUGGCUUUACCCCGUUCUCAGCUGAGAGAGAGGCUGUGCUGAAGGGACAGAUCCAGGCGGUGGCCAGCCCGGAUAACUCCAUCUGCAAGCUCAUCGAUUCUCGAAUUCAAAAGUUUCUGGAGAAUUAUCUUGCAUCCAGUCACCAAAAAUCAUUGCCUGCCAUUCCUGGAGGAUUAGGCCCUAUUCAGAGGGAGCUGGAGGAGAUUGCUGCCAAGUACAUUCGUCUUGUCAACUACAACAGAAUGGUCUUCAGCCCUUACUACGAUGCAGUCCUUGGCAAAAUACUGACUAAGGAAGAAUCCCAAAUUGUAGGGAAGUCAGAAGAAUCAUAAAACCAGUCCUUGUGCUACCACUACAGUAUUGUCAGCUACUAAAUAAAACUUGUACCAAUAUUUGUUUAGGAAAA